CAUGCUUUAUAAUUAAACUCAAAUCAAAAAAUAGAAACAGCAUCAAAUGUGCAGAGACAGGCGGCUGGAAGCUGGCAGCACAAAUCGCCUGUCAGAGAAGACCACAGCCUGCGUCGGACACCCCCUCAGGAUGAACUCACUGCAGAAGCAGGAUCUCCGGAGGCCCAAGAUCCACGGGGCAGUCCGGGCAUCUCCCUAUUCGCCACCCACGCUGGCCUCGCUGCAGCGCUUGCUGUGGGUCCGCCGGGCCACCAUGUUGAACCAUAUCAAUGAGGUCUGGCCCAACCUCUUCUUGGGAGAUGCGUAUGCUGCCCGGGACAAGAGCCAACUGAUCCAGAUGGGUAUUACCCAUGUUGUGAAUGUUGCUGCAGGCAAGUUUCAAGUGGACACAGGUGCCAAGUUCUACCACGGAAUGCCCUUGGAGUACUAUGGCAUCGAGGCUGAUGAUAACCCCUUCUUUGACCUCAGUGUCUACUUUCUGCCUGUUGCUCAAUAUAUCCGAACUGCCCUCAAUACUCCCCGAGGCCGCGUGCUGGUACACUGUGCCAUGGGGGUAAGCCGCUCUGCCACACUUGUCCUGGCCUUCCUCAUGAUCUACGAGAACAUGACACUGGUAGAGGCCAUCCAGACGGUGCAGGCCCACCGAGAUAUUUGCCCCAAUUCAGGCUUCCUCCGGCAGCUCCAGGUUCUGGACAACCGGCUAGGGCGGGAGACGGGGCGGCUAAUGACCUGACAAGCAGCCCAGAGCCCUGGCUCUCCAUCCAGCAUAGCCCAACCUGACUAGCCUAGACCUGGGGACGGCAGCCUCUGCUGUUUCCAGAGAUCCUGAGAUGUAAACAGCAAGUAGGGGCUUAGCUGAGGCAGGGGCAGGGAGAGCUGGGUGGUGACCUUUAGCAGGUGGAUUCCCCAACCCAAUCAGAGAUUCUUUAUGCAAAAGAGAAUUCAGUCUGUCUCUAUAAUAAAACGUUCAUCAUAAUAAAGAUAAGAGACCUUCUGGUGA